UUGACUUUGGGUGUCUUCAAUUGCCACUUUGUUUAUAGAGUCAUGGGUCACUUACUAAACCUAUAACUCACCAAUUCUGGCUCACCAGUGUAGCCAGAUCACUUUAAUGGCCCUGUCUCUGCCUCCUGAGUUUUUGGAUUACAGGUGGACACACCUGCUUGGAUUUUACAUGAUUUCCAAGGAUCUAAAUUCCAGUUUUCACACUUAUGAGUUUUCACACUGUACCAUCUCCUCAGCCCUUAAAUGUAUGCAUCUUUUACUCUAAAAUAUACUUUUAAAAUUUCAUUUUAUUGUUUUAUAUGUAAGAAUGUUUGUCUACAUGUAUGCCUGUGUAUCACGUAUAUGCCUGGUACCCAUGGAGGCUAGAAGAGGGCGUUGCAUCCCCUGGAGUUUGAGAGGGUUGUGAGCUACCAUGUGGAUUCUGGGAACCAUGGGUCUUCUGGAAGAGCAACCAGUGCUCUGCACCACUAAGCCAUCUUUUUAGCCUCUUUUUUUUUUUUUAAGAGAACUUUUGGUUUACAGUAAAGUAAACCACAAGAGCCAGUGUUACACAGCUUUGCGCAAGUGUGAGAAAACAUCUGAGAAAAACUCAGCGGAAAGAUUUUCUUUGUCUUAUAGUUUCAGAAACAGAAAACUGCCCACUUCAUGGCAGUGGAAGAGAGUGAAGGAGGGACUGGAGGUAUAUUCUUUGUGUGUGUGUGUUCUCUAGAAUAUCCAUUUUUCCUUUUUCCCCCAAUAUAAUAUUUUUAUUAAUUAUUUGGUAAUUUCAUACAAUGCACCCAGAUCACAAUCACUCCCCAUCCCUCUCAGGUGCACUCUCCUACUCUGCUCCCCAUCACCCCGCCCCCAAAGAAAUGAAAAGUCCAAUCUGUGUUGCCCAUGUACUCACUGGAGCAUGGUCAAACUCGUAGUGGCCUGCCCCUUAAGGAAAACUGAGUCCUUCCCCACCUUGUUCACCCUAUCAGAAGCCAUCAGCUGUCAAGAGCUACACUUCAGCACUUUUAUCACAGAUUUUAAAGGGCUCUCUUCAGUAACUUCAUAUCUGAACAGUUUCUUUUGGGGGGGCGUUGGGCAGAGGCUGUCACAGAAGCCUUCAACAUCUCUCAUUCUCAGUUAUGAGUCUGUAGUCGUUGAUACCACUACAGAAGAAGCUUCCCUGCCCAUGGCAGUGGACAGCAGCACAGAUCACAUACACCAACAUGGCUUCUGGUGGCAGCAUGGAUCAUGGAAGUCUUCAUCCAGGAAGUGAACCAUUCUUCAUCUUGGAUAUCUACUUGUUGCUUAUCGUCAGGAUGAUCGUUGUGUCUGGGGACAGGACCUGUAGCCUCUACGGUUAGAGCGAGCAGCCGUGGCCCCAUACUGUGGGCCAGGCCUGCAGGCUGAGUGGUGGCACUGGCCUACUGGGCUGUGAUGGGUGAGGUGGCCCAGGACAGGCCAUACUCUGCAACAGCAUGCUCCUUUGUUCACCCUGGUGGUACUCCCAUACCUGUUGCUGUAUCUCUGGUUCUGUUUCUCUCCACUGGGUGUGCGGCUCUGUUCCACCAGGGGACUAUUUCCUCUAAUCAAGUCCACUUCUUACUUUGCACUACCUCCCAACGAGGCCAUUAAAUAAUAGCUCCAUUUAUGGACUAAUAAUACUAAAUCAGAGCCCUCAUGAUCCCAUCUUUUCAAGAUUGCAACCUGCUGAGGGCCAAGACUUUAGCACAGUAACAUGGAAGUGGAGCUGGGGACAUCCCAGCCAUAGUAACUGGGAAGAGAUGGAAAGCUUCUGUGGGAGGGUCCUGUGAGAAGGGUGCGUUGGGAGGAGGGUCAAUGGAUCAAGUGCCCAGUUCCCCGAGGCUGAGGUUCCUAGGUUGGUCUGUCUAUCAGCAAACUCAAGAUGAACACCAAGGCCGGUUUUAUGUUUGCAGUGACCUGGAAGACAGACAUACUUCCAAGGGUGUACAUAGGGGCUGGGACAGUACAGAGGAGAAUUUGUGGGUGUCCCUGGUCUGCCUCUGUGGCUAAGGCUCUGAUCUUGUGGGGCUGGCCUACUAGGAGCUCCUCCCAGCACCUUUCCUAGUCUGAUUGGUCUGGCCAAUCUACCUCUGGAAGAGCUCAGAAUUCUGGCUUCUGGGCUGGACACCACCUGACCCUAAAAUUGUUCUUUUCUGGUGUUCCCCCUGGGCAACUGUGGACAGAAGGCACUCACUUGGGAGAUAUCUGAAGGGCUCCAACAGGCCCAAGCAGAGCAAACAGGGUGCUGACAGGCCUUGCCCUUCGCCCUCCCCUCUCCCUUUUGAAACCAUUAGAUACAUUCCUAAAGCUAGUCACCAAGGUCUAUUUCCUUAUUUAACCACUUCCUUUAUGCCUGACUAAAACUUCAAGGUCCAACUAUCAAAACACCAAUGUCUAGCAAUCAGAAUUCAUUAUUUGGUUACACUGACUUACCUGUCCAAUCAGGACUUACCAACUCACCCUAACACAGACCUCCCACUUUUCUCAUUAAAACACGCUCCUGCAGUCAUGCUUGCUGCUGUCUGUCUGAUACAGAGGAACCACCUCCUUCCAACCCUGGCUUAUCCCUCCAGGGUAAUAAAUAUCCUUUGUGCUGAGAAUUUGGUGUGUGUCCUGUGCCAACUCCGAGGCCCCUUCAUCAUCCAAGUUCCUUCCUGAGGGCUCUGUGCUGCAUUUCUCUUUUGUUUUCACUUUUUGCUGAUGGGCGAGGAGGGUGUGUGUGAGGCCCAGAGCCCAUGGGGCUCCUGGCCUGCAGUGUCUUGAUCAGGAACAUGGAACCUCUGCCAGGAUGGGGGUCUUCACCCUGGAGCCAGGCCCCCACAGCCAACACCUUCAGCCUGGUGUGGUGUGUCUUCCUUUUGAACGUCCUGUGCUGUCUCUCUGUCCAACCCUUAUGCAGAGAAGAGGAGUAUUCUGUGGGGGACGAGUGCUGUCCCAUGUGCAACCCAGGUUACCAUGUGAAGCAAGCCUGCAGUGAGUGGACAGGCACAGUGUGUGCCCCCUGUCCCUCACAGACACACACUGUCCAUGCAAACAGCCUGAGCAAGUGUCUGUCCUGCGGAGUCUGUGAUCCAGACAUGGGCCUAGUGACCUGGCGGGAGUGCUCCAGCCGGGAGGACACUGUGUGCUGCUGCAGUCCAGGCUACUUCUGUGAGACCCAGGAGGGGGACCACUGUUCUACAUACACCACCUGCCCUCGGGGACAGAGGGUCCUGAAGAGAGGUGAGCUAGCCGAAUGUAGGUUCCUCCUUUGAGGCCAUUCUUGUCCCAUGGCCUCUGCUGCCUGGUGUCCAGAAACCCUCCAGCUCA